ACCAGUAUAGUUUGAGAUUUUGCUCGCGUUACUUCCAAACGGGAUAAAAGAAUUAUUUUUUGUUCUGUUGUAAUUUGAUUUUAUUUAUACGAUCAGUUUGAACUGACCUAGGUGAAUCAUAUACGCGACACGGAAUUAGGUCAAACGAAAAUCAAAGUGAAAACCUUUUCUUUAGCAUUGUAAAUAGAAAUUUAUUUGAAAAACUAAAACCGUUUGUUUAAAAAAAAAAGAUUUUUACAUUUUUUAGCGAAAAUGGUCUUUGAAUAAUUCAAGCCAAAAAUCUUUUAGUUUUUCGAGCAAAAAAAAUGUCUAAAAACGACGGAAAAACAUGUGAUCGCCGUCGAUCAUGUAGUGAUGUUCAGCCAGAUCUUCUGGAUUAUGUAAAUUGUGACAGAAAAAUGAGUGAUCCAUCCGAUCUCAGUCCGAUCAAAACUCCGAAAAAGGUGUCCUUUUCGGAUGAGCUGCCCGGUACGAAUACGGUGUGCGAUCAAGUGCUAAUCGAAAAUGAGAAAAUUCUUUCACCAAUCGAAUAUGCUAUGCAACAGAAAAGUAAAUACAUGACCGAUUUGCACAGUAAAACGGAAAGUGAAAAUUUGCCUGUGAAAUGUGCAGACGAGGUUGAUGAUGUGCACAAAAUUUCGACCCUGCCAUCGACGGCAAUGUUCCCCAAUCAACGAAAACUUUCGAUUCAUUCGGACAAAAGUGAUAGCCUACCAGCAUCGAUUUUGAAAAGUCCAAACGAAAAUUCAUCGGAUAACUCGAAUAUUGUUGAGGCUAGUGAGGUGAUCCAUGUUGAUGAUUCUAAUAAAUCAAGUGUUCAAUCCGAUAAUGUGAAACCAGUGGAAAGUGAAAAAAGUGGUGACCGUUUUCAGAUGAAAAAUAAAAGUUUCCGAAAAGAUGAUGAGAACAAUUGUAGUUUCAUGGAAUUGGAAGUGAGGCGUGAUAAGAAACGGUGGCUUCUGAUAUCGGAAUGCAGUGCUUUAUUUGGUGAAGGAAAACAUACACGCGAAGGAUUUCAAAAGCUAUUUUUGGAUGAGAAUUUCUUGGAAAACUUGUUCAAAUUGUUUGAUAUCGAACGACGAGAUGGUUUCCUCGCUCAGGACAAAUGGAUAGAACAUCUGAAGGGAAGACUUACCGAAGAGAAAGAAAUGGACUUUGCAGAACAAUUGGAGUCGGUUGCUUAUGUGCUGUGCGGCGAUGGUACAAUAUCCUACGACAAAUUUUGUCACAUCUGGUAUGCCAAAGGAAUAUUAGACAAAUUGUACAGACUUAUCGAUGUUGAGUCUACGAAUCAAAUAUCAACAAAUCAAAUCAUGGAAUUUAUAUCAAAUUUAACUAAUGCAAGACCGAGAACUGGAUUUGAUAAGAGUUCAUUGGAACGUUUGGAACAGUUGUUUAGAAAGACAGUUGGCAAUGAAAAGGAAAUACGACGUGAAGACUUUAAGAAAAUUGUAACAUCGAAGAAUCCAUUCUUUACCGAUAGAGUUUUUCAAAUAUUUGAUAAAGAUAAUUCCGGAUCAAUAUCAUUACAAGAAUUCAUUGAUGCCAUUCAUCAAUUUGCCGGACAGUCACCAGAAGAUAAAAUUAAAUUUUUGUUCAAAGUUUACGAUAUCGACGGUGAUGGAUUGAUUCAACACAGAGAACUGCAGCAUGUUAUGCGCGCUUGUAUGGAAGAAAAUGGAAUGCAAUUUUCAGAAGAACAGAUUGAAGAUCUCACCAUGGCAAUGUUUGAAGAUGCCGACCCAUUUAAUCGUGGUGCUAUCACAUAUGAAGCUUUAAAAAAUCAAUUAGAAAAACACGGUGGACUUUUAGAGAAUUUGAGUAUAAGCAUCGAUCGUUGGUUGGUACCACUACCUCUAGAAACAACGAAGAAAACAACCACCAGUCUAACGCACCGAUUACCACACCAAUUUACAACGGCAUACCUAAAAAACAAUUAUGUGUUCCUGUCCUUUCUGACGAUUUACAUACUGAUCAACGUUGGUCUGUUCAUAUCCCGAGCGAUCCAAUAUAGACAUUCAAAUGUCUACGUCAUUUUUGCUCGAGCUUGCGGUCAGUGUUUGAAUUUCAACUGUGCCUUCGUCCUAAUCCCUAUGCUGCGCCAAUGCAUCACAUUUCUUCGAACUAGAGGAUUGGGUGCCUUCAUUCCAUUGGACAAUCACAUCUACAUUCAUAAGAUGGCUGGCGUUACCAUAGCCACGUUCAGUUUGAUCCAUACAAUCAUGCAUCUGCUUAAUUUUACCUUGGAGGUUGUAAAUGAUCCAGUGAUAAAUAAAAAUAAUUACACGCUGACCGAGUGGAUGCUAACAACUAGGCCAGGCCUGUUCGGCUUAUAUGGUGGAUGUGCUAAUCCUACCGGUAUACUAUUAGUUGUUAUUUUGCUGAUUAUGUUCGUGUGCUCGCAGUCGUUUGUCCGACGAGGUGGUAGUUUUGAGAUAUUUUAUUGGACACACUUGUUAUACGUCCCGUUUUGGAUUUUGGUUAUAUUCCAUGGUCCAAACUUUUGGAAAUGGUUUAUUGGACCGUUCAUUGUAUACUUGGUCGAACGUAUGAUAAGAUUCAUUUGGAUGCGGUCGGGACGAGGAAAGACCUAUAUUUCGUCGGGAUUGCUACUACCAUCGAAAGUAACUCAUCUCGUAAUUAAACGACCUUUGCACUUCUAUUUUCGACCUGGCGACUAUGUUUUCGUUAACAUACCAGCUAUAGCUAAGUAUGAAUGGCAUCCAUUCACACUGAGUAGUGCCCCAGAGCAAGAAGAUUACAUGUGGCUGCAUAUACGUGGUGUAGGAGAGUGGACGCAGCGGUUAUACAGCUACUUCGAAAAACAACAGGAAAGACUUCACAACGGCGAAGUAGCUGCAUCGAUUCCAGGCAGUUCGAAGCAAGCAAUUACCGAUGCUACUAAGAAAACUGGAACAACUCCACAAAAAGAUUUUCUAAGCAAAAAUUUGGCACGAAUCAACCACAAUCCGAUGGUAAAGAGUUCGAGUUUCGAAAAUCCAAGACCCAUCGAAAAUGGUCAACCAGAUGCAAUGAAUAAUGAAAAUUCCGCUGGCAACGAUAAGUCAAAUCCGUUCAGUUUUGAUGUUUCAUCGAAAAAUAGAAGUGAUACACCAGUUCGUCCGCCCAGGCAAGGUGCUGGAACUUCGAAAUUGGCAAUCGAAAAUUACUCGCCAUCAAAUCCACCGAAACUGAAUCGUCAAAUUUCUGAGAGUACGGCCAUUCGAAAAAUUCAAGCAACACUCCAGAGGACGUUCUCAAGGAAAGGCAGUGGCGAGCCUGAUGGAAUUGCCAACGAAGGAUUCGAAGAGGAUCAAUUGGACGCAGAGGAUAAAGUGACUCCGAAACGAAAACUGACACCAGAAAAACGUCUCAAUAUGAUGCUGUUUAAAAAAGCUCCGCUGGAAAAAUCAUUGUCAAUGCCUGACAUGCAGAAUCGCUUGAAAAAACGCGAACGGUUAAUGGCCCUACGAGAGUAUACCCGAUCUGAAUCGGAACGAUCAUUCGACGAAGUGCAAAUUCGAAAAGCUCGACUUCAAUCGCUUGGCUUAGCGUACCUAAGCCCUCAAAAUAAAUCUUUAGCUCAAAGUUUCCGUUACAUGCGAAACAAACCGACUAUUAUCGCCUUUAAAACACCCAGUUUGGAGAGCUGCGAACAAAGACCAUCUCAGAAUUCCAUUGGAUCAAUGAUUGUGUCACCUGGACUGUAUACCGCAAAGGAAGCAGAAGAAGGAAGAAUAUUUAAGCGUUCGAAUCCUGACACUUCCAAAGGUCCGCGACCUGUUAACUAUCCUGUCGGAAAGCCGUUAGAGAAACGGCAAUUCGGCCGAUUGGCUUCUAGUGAGAAAACAAAUGAACCGAUUUGUGUUAGUAGCAACAGUAACAUAGGAUUGAAGAUUUACAUCGAUGGACCAUACGGGGCACCAUCCAGCCACAUAUUCCGAGCACAACAUGCCAUCUUAAUUGCAACUGGUAUCGGGGUCACACCAUUCGCCUCCAUUCUGCAAUCGAUCAUGCAUCGAUACUGGAAAGCUCGGCAUACAUGUCCACGCUGCGAAUACGAAUGGUCCAGCGAGAUACCGCAAACAAUAAUGAAUUUACGUAAAGUGGACUUUUUCUGGAUCAAUCGAGAUCAGAGAUCGUUCGAAUGGUUUGUGAAUUUACUGUCGCAAUUGGAAAUCGAACAAGCAGAACUGGGUGGUGCAAUGGAACGGUUCUUAGACAUGAAUAUGUACAUAACAAGUGCCUUGCAGAAAACUGAUAUGAAGGCGGUUGGGCUGCAGUUAGCAUUGGAUUUGUUGCAUCAAAAGGAAAAACGCGAUUUGAUUACUGGCUUAAAAACUCGUACAAAUGCUGGCCGUCCCAAUUGGGAUAAAGUGUUCAAACAAAUACAAGAUCAGAAGAAGGGAAAGGUGACCGUGUUCUAUUGUGGACCACCACAGUUGGCAAAAACUCUACGCUAUAAAUGUGAUCAAUAUGGAUUCGCUUUCAGGAAGGAAAUAUUUUAAUUCGCAAUUUAUUCACCUUCACAUUGAGUUACCAUUUUCUUUUACGAUUUGUGAUACCCAGUUAACAAACACUUAAAUGACCACAGUCAGACCUUACUGUGAAUCCAAAAAUCUUAAACAUUUCAUUAGGCACUCACUCACUGUUGUAAAUAAGUGGAAACCAGUUGCCAUUAUUGUUUGAUUGUUUUGUAAAUAAAAGUUGAAUUCGUUUUUUUUUAUGUCGUCGUUAUCAUCAAUUUUUAAUUAUUUAUUCUGUUGGUUGAGGUUACCAUUAUUUUUGUCAAUUCAUUUAUGUUUAAUAAACUAUUCUAUAAAAUUAA